UGUUUCUAUCUGUUCCAGCUGCUUUGCUUUGCCCCGAGGCGGUCUUGCACGAACUGAUAGCCAUCAGUCUCAAAGGACAUUUACCAUAAGGGUUUCCCUUCCCGACCGAGAGAGAGAGAGAGAGACCAGGCCAGGGUGUCGGUAAAAACGGUGCAGAGACACUCUCCAACAAGUCAGCGGCCAAGAUAUGCCUGCAUGGAAGCCCGCCUGCCUCAAAGCUAUCGAGAGCGAGGAUGGGGACUAUUCCAAGAAGCCAGCCUUCCUGACUGAUGACCUGCCCUGUGGAGGGGAACUCAUCCCAGAUGAGCGGAGGGGAGUGUCGGUGGUGGAGCUCACCAAGAAAGAUGGCAGCGGCCUGGGGCUCACGAUUUCAGGUGGUCUUGAUAAGGGAAGCAGGGCGAGAGUGCUGCAUCUGAGGCCAGGAGGGCUAGCACAGAGGAGUGAUGCCUUAGAGGUGGGGGACUUCAUCAUAUCCGUGAACGGGAUCAGGACGGAGAAACUUCGGCAUGAUGAGAUCAUCAACCUACUAAAGAACGCAGGCGAGAAGGUCAUCUUGGAGGUCGAAUAUGAGAUCCCGCUUACAGCACAAGAGGCAGGUGGGAAUGUGGUUACCAAAGAGGUGGAACUGAGUCUGCAGAAGGAGGGCGGAAGUUUCGGAUUCACAAUUCGAGGAGGUGUGGCAGACGAGAGGAGGCAGUCGCGCCCGCUGCUGGUGACUAACAUCAGGCCCGGCGGACCGGCCGACAGGGAAGGCACGUUGGCGGUGGGAGAUCGACUGUUGGCUAUUGACAACAUCAGCUUAUCAGGGGCCACGCACGCGGAGGCAGUGGCAGCACUCAAACAGUGCGGGACGCAGGCCAGCCUACUGGUGGAGUACGAUGUGUCAAUCAUGGAGGCAGUACAGAACGCCAAGGGUCCUUUGCUGGUAGAAGUUACAAAGGCCCCCGGUGCAAGCCUGGGCAUCACCCCUGGCAUGGCUGUGGUGAAGAACAGGGAAGCACUCAUUAUCAAGGAGAUCAAGGCUGCUAGUAUAGCAGACAGGUGUGGUGCUCUACACGCGGGAGACCAGCUCCUGUCAAUCGACGGCACCAGCACCGAGCACCUGACGCUGCCCGAAGCUGUCCAGCUGCUGGCCAGCACGGGGGCAGAGGUCAAGCUGGAGAUCCUCCCGCUCAGCCACAUGAAGUACGCAGGCGCCAGCAACGAGGCCGUCAUCAGUAAUGGCUGCCGAGUAGAGGUGCAGCCCACAGCUGCCAGUCUCCAGGCACAGACAAGAGAGGGGAGCUGGAGGGAAAGUGCUCAUCACCAUACUGCAGCCUCCCACCAUGUCUAUGUCAAUGUCUCCCAAAUCCCUCGUAUCGUGGACACUCCUCCUGCCCUCCCUCCCAAGAAACGAAAGCCGCGGACGUCAGCUUCGAAAUCGGCCUUGCCGAUCUCCUACCCGAUGGACUCGCCCACAUCCCCCAGCGUGUCGAGUAUCCACACAGGCACGAUCAGCCGGGCGUCGCUCGCGCGCAGGAGCAACAGGAGACCCCCCAGGAGGAACAGGCUCAACUCCUCAGCAAGUAAGAAUGAGUCCUUCUGUCUAGUAUAUAGUCCAGUGUCUGUGUCAUCCAGCCAUGCUCCCCAGCAGGUUGUACGAGUGGAGAUAGCGGAGGUUCAGGUCCAUCCUGACCCCUCAGGACUGGGCUUCAGCCUACAGGGCGGAGUCUUUGCCACGGAGACGCUGACGUCACCUCCUGUCAUCGGGUUCAUCGACCCGGAUGGACCUGCCGACAGGACGGGUAUACUGCAGGUGGGAGAUCGGGUGUUGUCCAUCAAUGGCAUGUCUACAGAGGAACUGACUCUGGAGGAGGCAAACCAGCUGCUGAGGGAGUCAGGGCUAAAGUGUGUGCUGGAAGUGGAGUUUGAUGUUGCCGAAUCUGUGGUGCCCAGCAGUGGAACCUUUAACAUCAAGCUGCCCAAGAGGGCAGGUGGCCUGGGGAUCACCAUCAACUCUCCCAGCACCAGGAAACAGGGAGAACCUCUUCUUAUCUCAGACAUUAAGAAGGGGAGUGUGGCACACAGGACGGGCACGCUGGCUCCUGGAGACAAGCUCCUGGCCAUUGACAACAUCCGUCUGGACAACUGCUCCAUGGAGGACGCCGCACAGAUCCUGGCUCAGUGUGACGAGAUAGUCAAGCUCAGGAUACGCAAGGAUGAGCUGUACUCAGAGGAGCACGAUGUGAGUGGAGCGAUCUGUUACUCCGUAGAGCUGGUUAGACACGGUGGGCCAUUGGGCAUCACGAUUUCAGGCACAGAAGAGCCGUUUGACCCAGUCACAGUGUCGGGAUUGACAGACGGAGGACUAGCGCAAAGAACUGGAGCCAUCCAUGUAGGGGACCGUAUCCUGGCCAUCAACAGUCAGUCCCUGCGAGGGAAACGCCUGAGUGAGGCCAUCCAGCUCCUCCAGUCCGCGGGAGACACCGUUACACUCAAGAUCAGCAGGCAGGAGGGUAGGCAGACAUCGCUAGAUAAGUUUGUGGUAGAUGGACCCAAGUCAGAUCAGGAGAAUGACAGCAUUGGAAAGGAAGAGAGCCAGACGAAGAGGGUGCCCCUUCAACAUACCCCAGUCCCUAGUGUGGAUAGUGCAGUGGAAUCAUGGGAUGGUUCAGCCUUGGAACCAGGAAACCCGGAAGGAAACUCGCAGCACCCCCAUUCAGGAAUGGUUGUGACCGCCCAGGUGCACCAUCAUGACAACCAGACCAAUCACAUGACAGAAAGGCACACCCAGAGGAGGGACUCUACCAAGGGAGACAGGAGGAUGGGGGACAGACUGCACGAUGAGUGGGACACCCAGUCCCACAGCUACAAGAGCAGCAGCGACAUUCUGGACAAUCCACAACUGGACGAGUAUGGUUUGGUACAGGCACUCGAGGACCUGGAGACAUGUGGCCACUCUGAACUGAUGCGACAGAUCGAGCAGACGAUCGGACCCAGUAACCAUGCACACACGCUGAACUGCCGACCCAGGCAAAACCAGUCGGUCAUCAGCUACAGCGACAGUCACAGCAUGACCUUGCCGGGUUCCGGCAGGGGUCAUCAGGCCCCCGCCCUCCCCACCAACAAGAAGAUUCAGGAUCAGAUGAGUCUCAUCUUCUCUCCUACACCUAUUGAGAUUCAGAAGGUGACGUUGUUCAAGGAUGAUGAUUAUGGAGAUUUUGGCUUCAGCGUGUCGGACGGUUUGGUGGAGAAGGGAGUGUAUAUCAACAACAUCAGGCCAGGCGGGCCGGCAGACCUCAGCGGCGUCAUCAGGCCAUAUGACAGGAUACUGCAGGUAAACAACAGCAGGACCAGGGACUUCGACUGCUGCCUUGCUGUCCCGCUCAUCGCAGCUUCAGGCGACAAGAUCGAACUGGUCAUCAGUCGCAACCCGCUGGCCCAGAACAUGUCCCAGGCCAACUUGGAGUGGGGAGAGGAGGCUUACCAGCAUCCGCAACUCAACCACAACUCUUCCAAGACACUCUAGAACACAGGAGGGCACCAGGAGUGUGAGUUUAAGGGGGGAGGAAAACUUGCUGGUUCAAAAUAUGUCCCAAGCCAACCUGGAGUGGGGAGAGGAGGCUUACCAACAUCCACAACUCAACCACAACUCUUCC